AUGGAUAUUAUCGCUUUUACUGUAUCAUUAAUGCUAAGUGCUUUAUCAGUUAUUCAAGUUAAUGCAGAUGAUUGCAAAGAACUUAGUUUUUCUUCGCUGACCGUGGAAUUCGAUUCCAUUUAUGUGUUGCGAAGGAUCGCUGUUAUUUCUCCAUUGACUGUGUACCAUGUAUUUAUUGAAAUUAGUGAUGAUCAAAGGAUUCGAAGUCAGCUGCGAUCAUCGAAUGGUUCACCAUUGGUAAUUUAUUCAUCGUUAACGCCUUCAGCAGCUGAGUGGCUAAAUUUGGAUGAACUUGCAAGGAGAAUUUAUGUUACACCCGUCUAUGAACUAAAUAACAAUUUGAAUAAUCCUUUAAUAAUGAUAAAUGCCUGCAAAUAUGAUACUCCAGUCUCAUAUUUUGAUGAUAAAUUAUUCACAGUGGACACAUAUAAAGCUGGAAUAGCAUCGAUGUAUGAAAACGAUCUCGAUAUUAUAUUUAGAACAUUCGAAAAUGGAAUUUUUUUAUUUUCAAUGGCUGAUCAAGGAGAUUUACUUAUCGCACAAAUCGUUGGAGGAAAAAUCCACGUGAUUUUUGAUUUUGGUUCGUUAUCACCUUUAAUAAUUUCUGGUGGUAUCGCACUGAAUGACGGCGAGUGGCAUCGAAUGAAAUGGGUUCAUCAGUUUGAUUCAGUAUUAUUGUUUAUCGAUGGAGUUAUGAUGAAUUCAACCAUUCCAACGGGAUUAUAUAGGAAAUUAGAUUUUGACAUCAAGAUUCAUAUUGCUGGUAGGCCGCCUGAUGAUAUAAGUACUGGAAUAGAAACGACAUAUCAUGGAUGCCUUGCCAAGGUCACUUUAAAUAAUGUGGAUUUAUUAGCGAAAUUGCCUGAAGACUAUAAAAGAGAUUGCCAGAUACCCAGACCACAGUUGAUGACCAUAUCAAAAGGCGGAUAUGUAUCAAUUCCUUUUUCUUUUCUACCAUUUUCUAUCGAAUUUCGUUUAUUACAAGAGAAGUCAACUGUCCUAUUAUUAAGUGAUAAUCAGAAUGACACUCUUCUUUACAUAGCUCUCGAUGAUUUCGGACAUCUGACACUUUUUGUUGAUCAGGCAAAUAUUAAACAAGUCGCCUACCCAGCGAUUCGAGUUUGUGAUGGUUCUUGGCAUACAAUGUCGUUAAUGAUAUGGGGAGCACGCUUACAUAUUGACGUUGAUAGUUUAACUGUUCUUUGGCUAGAAGGAGCAAUGGUAAAAACAAUCGCUAAAAAGCUAGCUACUUUUCACUUAUCCGCUGUUGGAUGCUAUCGUUCAGCUACUGUAUUUUUUAGAUCUGUCGAUAUCGUUGGUAAUGUCUCACUUGAUCUGUGUGAAUAUCGAGAAAAAUGUGUGCCAAAUCCGUGUGAAAAUGGCGCGAUUUGCAAACAGACUUUACUGAAUGAUUUCCAGUGUAAAUGUGAAAAAGGUUAUUAUGGAAGGCUGUGCCAUGCCAGCAGUAAUGUUCAUUCGUGUGAAGAAUAUCUAGCAAAAAACACGAAAAUUGUUAGUAAAAAUGUAACAAUUGAUAUGGAUGGUGGACAUCAGUUGGAACCUGCGUCAGUGUUGUGUUCAAGAAUUAACGAAAAUGAUCAUGCAGCGAAUAUCGUGAAAACAACUUUAUUCCAUGAUAUGAGCAUGUCCGGAAUUGUGAUUACGGGAAGUGUAGAUCCUGGAACAAUAAGAAAAAGCCUUAAAUAUGGUUUGAAUGGUGAUCAGUUAGAUCGAUUUAUUGAAGGCUUCGACGAUUGUGAACAGUAUAUGCGCUAUGAGUGUAGAGGUGGCGCAAAUUUGAUGACAUAUGGAUUGGAAAAGCGACCUUCUUCAUGGUAUGGAACAAGAAAGGGCCAACAUGGUUUACAAUGGGCUGAAGCGCCACCGUAUUCAAGAUUAUGCUCAUGUGCUUUGAAUUCAUCAUGCAUUCACGAUAGAAUGUGCAAUUGUGAUAGUGGAGAAGAUGCAGUCGACGAUGGUUAUAAUAGAUACCCACAACUGCUUCCAGUAAUGAACCUUUAUCUCGGUGGUACCACUCAAAAAUCGUCCAUUAAUGUUACGAUUGGGUCGCUUACGUGCUCUCAUCGAAGUAAACGAAUUUUGAAAAUGUUUUAUUUCUCAUCACGUUUUCCAACUCCAGUUUUCGAUGCUCUUACAUUUCUCGACAAGGAUUUUCGUCUUACCGGUUCACAGCCAUUUACGUCAACAAUUUUUGAUGUUUCAAUGCAGUUGAAGUUUUCUUAUUCGAAAAUGACAGUAUUUACAUGGGAAUCUAACAAUGGUCAGCGAUGGUUUCAACUAUACGUGGCAGGAGGAAAAUUCAUUGGUCAAGUUGUGAAUGGUGGUAAGGUUUUCGAAGUCGAGACCAAAAAUUCAUGGAACGAUAAUGUAUGGCAUUCAGUAUAUUGGGAAGUUAAUGAAUAUGAAAUGAUAUUAAUCGUAGAUGAUGAAAAAAUUUCAAGAGAAUUGCGAAUUCUUCCUCCACAUGUUUACAAUUGGAUCAUAGGAUCGAGGACUUUGCGUGGAUACUCAGGAUAUGCGGGAAUGAUUCGAAAUGUAUAUUUAUGUGGCAAGGAACUAAUCUUAGCAUCAAUAGUUCGAAAUAUUCAUGGAAAUGCCUUAAGUGGAGUAGAAAUUGGCGAAAAAGGUGCUUGCAAGCCUGAUUUCUGCUUAAACGGAGGUUUAUGCAUCGAUUAUUACGAUAGUUUCAAAUGUGACUGCAAUAAUACGCCGUUUAUCGGAUCAAAAUAUGUUGGCAUGUUAGUACCACUUGGCUCGCAAUUAUCCAUCCCCUGGCAACAUCCAGGUCAAAUAGCUUCAUGCUUUCGUAUCGCUAUACAAACUUUUUCAUCAAAUUUUUCUAUAAUUCAUUCACACGCUCUAUUUGCCGAUUCAGAAUUCAACUUAACAGUUAAUGCUGAUGGCUAUUUGGAACUAUCAGUAUUUGAUGGAUUCGUUUUUGAAAGGCAAGCAACUUGUCCUUUGCAUAAACUCAAUGAAAACAAAAUUGCUGAUAUAAAAUUUUGUGCCAACAAAACUGGUUUUCAUUUAUUGAAUGUUAAUGAUAGUAUUAUCGCAGAUUUUACUGGAUGUAUUACUCGUUUGCAAAUUGGCAGUGGUUUUCCAUUAAAAGAACCCUCGUCUUCUCGUUUAUCAUACAAAGGAGAUAUUCGCUUUGGAAGCUGUCCGUUUGAGCAACAGUUAUUAGAACCGCAACCAGAAGAUGAUGACAAUUUAGAAUCAGAUGAAGAAUCUGAGAUUCGAAUUCAUAUAGUAACUCACGGAAGAACUUCGCUGAUGAUUUUAACUCCUAUAAUCGGGAUAGUUGGUGGCUGUGCAAUAAUUUUGUUGAUUUUGACGAUAAUUUGUUGGAUACGUAGCCGACCAGAUGGCGUUUAUAAAACUAAUGAGAAUGUUGCUGCAUAUUCCAGUUCAAAUCGUUCAGAAGAGCCAUUAGUUAACAAUUUCAAUAAAGAAUAUUUCUGUUGA